AUGUUGAAGGAGUUGUACGAGAAUUUGUUUGAAAAUAAAGAGUCAUGGGGUUCUUACAAUGAACAGAUCAAGAAGGUGAGGCAAAUUGUGAAUAUAUAUUUGGCUGCUGGGAACAAGCUUUGGGGUAUGCUAGCAAUGGGGGAAUUUAAACACUUUGUAAUUGUUAAGUUCAAGGAAGGUGUGGCAGUUGAUGAGCUCACAAAAGGGAUGGAGAAGUUGGUCUCAGAGAUUGAUGCUGUCAAGUCCUUUGAAUGGGGACAGGACAUUGAAAGCCUAGAUGUGUUGAGACAAGGUUUCACUCAUGCCUUCCUAAUGACAUUCAACAAGAAAGAAGACUUUGUGGCCUUUCAAAGUCACCCAAAUCAUGUUGAGUUCUCCACAAAAUUUUCAGCAGCUAUUGAGAACAUUGUGCUGCUGGAUUUCCCAUCUACUCUUGUCAAGGCCCCAGCAUGA